AUGGGGAUCCGAGAGUUUCCCGGCGGCGCACCCGGGGGCAAAAGCAUCGCCAUUGGCAUGAGGAGGUCACCGGACGUCAGCCCCAGGAGACUGUCCGACAUCAGCCCGCAGCUCCGGCAGCUCAAGUACUUGGUGGUGGACGAGGCGAUUAAGGAGGAUCUGAAAUGGUCGCGCUCAGUGGAGGACCUCACCAGCGGGCCCGUGGGGCUCACGUCCAUCGAGGAGCGGAUCCUGCGCAUCACCGGCUACUACGGCUACCAGCCCUGGGCGGCGAGCUACAAAAGGGAGGAGCGCCUCCGGGACCCCCCGGGCCCGGCAGAGGCCCAGGCGCCGGUGGGGACCGACGCCGGCGGGAGACCGAGCCCUCGCUGCUGGAGAUGUUCCCGGGCGCAGCUCAAGAAGAUCUUCUGGGGCGUGGCAGUGGUGCUGUGCGUGUGUUCUUCCUGGGCCGGUGCCACCCAGCUCGCCAGGCUGACCUUCAGGAAGUUCGAUGCUCCCUUCACUCUGACGUGGUUUGCCACCAACUGGAACUUUUUAUUCUUCCCGUUGUACUAUGCGGGGCAUGUCUGCAAGUCGGCAGAGAAACAGUCGGUGAAGCAGAGAUACAGGGAAUGCUGUCGAUUUUUUGGAGACAAUGGCUUGACUUUGAAGGUGUUUUUUACCAAGGCAGCACCCUUUGGUGUUCUUUGGACACUCACAAACUACCUGUACUUACAUGCAAUAAAGAAAAUAAACACUACGGAUGUGUCCGUAUUGUUCUGCUGCAACAAAGCUUUUGUGUUCUUGCUCUCGUGGAUCGUUCUCAGGGACAGGUUCAUGGGAGUGAGGAUCGUGGCCGCCAUCCUCGCCAUCGCUGGGAUCGUGAUGAUGACCUACGCGGAUGGCUUCCACAGCCACUCUGUCAUCGGCAUAGCCCUGGUGGUGGGCUCGGCAUCCAUGUCCGCCCUCUACAAGGUCCUGUUCAAGCUCCUCCUGGGCAGUGCUAAGUUUGGAGAAGCCGCCUUAUUUCUGUCCAUUUUGGGUGUGUUUAACAUCCUCUUCAUCACCUGUAUUCCUGUCAUCCUCUACUUUACCAAAGUGGAAUACUGGAGCUCCUUCGAUGACAUUCCAUGGGGAAACCUUUGUGGAUUUUCACUCCUCUUAUUGACAUUCAAUAUUGUAUUAAAUUUUGGAAUUGCUGUUACAUAUCCCACUCUGAUGUCUCUUGGAAUCGUCCUCAGUGUACCUGUGAAUGCAGUUGUUGAUCGCUACACCAGUAAGAUCGUCUUCAACGGGGUCCGGGUCAUCGCCAUGGUCAUCAUCGGCCUGGGCUUCCUCCUCCUGCUUCUGCCCGAGGAAUGGGACGUCUGGUUGAUGAAGCUGCUCACCCGCCUGAAAGUGAGGAAAAAGGAGGAGGCGGCGGAGGGCGGCGCGGACCUGGGCUCGGGACCUCAGAACAAGGGUGGAAGGGCCCGGCCCUCCUUCGCCCGCUGA